AUGCGUGGCGUGCAGAUAUUCUCCGGCAACUCCCACCCCGCCCUCACAGAGGCCAUCUGUGAGCGGCUCGGCACCCUCCCCGCAAAGUGCGAGCUGCGCAAGUUCAGCAACGGCGAGACCUGCGUCAACAUCGGCGUCUCGGUGCGCAACCAGGAUGUUUUCAUUGUGCAGAGCGGCAGCAGCAAGAUCAACGACAGUGUCAUGGAGCUGUUGAUCAUGAUCUCCGCCUGCAAAGGCGGCUCUGCAAAGUCCAUUACCGCCGUACUCCCAUACUUCCCCUACUCCCGCCAAUCGAAGAAGAAGAGCCACCGGGGAGCCAUCACCGCUCGCAUGCUCGCCAAUCUGCUCUCCAUCGCCGGCGUCGACCAUGUGAUCACCGUGGAUCUGCAUGUACGGGCGUCGCAAAUGCAAGGCUUCUUCGGAAAGCCCGUCGACAACCUCUUUGCCGAGCCCUUGAUUGCACGGUGGAUUCGGAUAAACGUCCCGCGCUGGCACGAAGCUGUGGUUGUCACCAAAAAUGCCGGUGGCAGCAAGCGGGUCACCUCGCUGGCAGAUGCCCUGAAACUGAAUUUUGGUAUCGUGACGACUGACAGGCGGCGACAGAAGUACAACCAUCAUUCCAUGACGGAUAGCGCUAUCUUUUUCGACUCGGUUGAACACACGCUUGCCAAUGUCCGAAACGCUGAGUUCCCUCCGCGGAAUGCCCCCCAUCGUGCCAGUUUACCCAGCCGUGCCCGCUCUCGCGAUGUAGGCCAGCAACCGACCUCCCUGGUUGACGCUUUCUCCGAAGGCCGCACGAAUCCCCUAACGCCAUUGGUAGAGGAAGCCAAGACGCCCCAGGACCAGUGCGCUGAACCGGAUCGCAGCGAGAGUGAAUCGGAGAACCGGCUUUUGCAGGGGGGUGAUGGGCAGCUGGACGAUCCCGCCAACGAAUACACCGACGAACGUGCUCGGGAAGUUAUUACUGGACGACUGGUGCAAGGCCAUUUGGUUGAUGAUGACUAUCCCUCACCACAUCUGUCUUCUACUUCGGCCUCGGUAUCCGGCCUGAAUGCUUCCCUGGAGCGUAUAGAUGCGUACGAUGGGGCUCCACUCGACCCUAUGGCAGAAUCGGUUAUUUCGACAAUAUCUUCGUUUCAGCCUGAGCACGCCCUUGGCGGUUCGUUUGACGCCGAAGCAUCGUCUGACGAAGAGGAUGAGAAGGCGCAACAUUCCAACCACGAACGGACAAUCACUCUGGUUGGCGAUGUGCGGGAUAAGACGGUUUUCAUUGUUGACGAUAUGAUCGAUCGCGCAGGUUCAUGGAUCGCAGCUGCGGAAACUGUGGUCAAAAAGGGCGGCGCCAAAAAGGUUUACUGCAUCGCUACCCAUGGCUUGUUCGGAGACAAUUCGCUAGAGCAACUUGAGGAAUGUGAUUGCAUUGACUAUAUCGUGAUCACGAAUACUUUCCCGAUCGACCCCCAGAGGGCCCGGAAUAUGAGGAAACUAGUGGUAUUGGAUGUGGCAGCCCUCUUAUCAGAGAGUAUUCGACGCCAUCACUAUGGAGAAAGGUAG